CAUGGUGGACUACUACCAAGUGCUGGGCGUGCCGCGCCAGGCCUCGUCGGAGGCCAUCAAGAAGGCCUACCGGAAGUUGGCGCUCAGGUGGCACCCGGACAAGAACCCGGAGAACAAAGAGGAGGCCGAGAGGCGAUUCAAGCAGGUGGCGCAGGCCUACGAGGUGCUGUCGGAUGUCAAGAAGCGGGAUGUGUACAACCGCUACGGUGAUGCGGGCCUUGGGGGCGGCGGUGGCUCGGGCCAUGGCCAAGGCGGCACCGGAAGUGCCGGCGGCGGAAGUGCCGGUGGCAGCGGCCAUUUUCAGGACCCCUUCCAGCACGUCUUCACCUUCCGAGACCCCGUCGAGGUCUUCAGGGAGUUCUUCGGGGACCACGACCCGUUUCUCUUGGACUUCUUCGGAGACCCUUUCGAGAGCCUCGGCCACCGCAGGAGCCGCAGGCCCACCUCGCUCUUCUCCACCUUCGGCGACAUCCCAAUUUGGGGGGGCCCCUUCUCGGGCUUCUCCUCCUUCGGGGCCCCGGGCAGCGGGGGCCUCUCGGCUUUCUCCAUGUCCAGCAGCGGAGGAGGCAGCGGCCUGAACCACUUCAAGUCCGUGUCCACGUCCACCGAGAUGAUCAACGGCAAGAAGAUCACCACCCGGAGAACCGUGGAGAACGGGCAGGAGAAGGUGGAAGUGGAAGAAGACGGCCGGUUGAAGUCGCUGCUCAUCAACGGCAAAGAGCAACUGCUGCGCAUCGACGCCAGAUAA